AUGGGUUUCGAUCAAGGGAAGGCGGGAGAAGACACACCCCUUCUGGGCAAGGGAAGACCAUUGUCGAGCCAAUUCAAGACCUUCGCCAAUGUCUUCAUAGCGAUCGUCGGGGCCGGUGUUCUGGGUCUGCCGUACGCUUUCAAGCGAACCGGAUGGCUCAUGGGCGUGCUCACGCUCUUGUCCGUCGCCGCUUUGAUCAACCACUCCAUGAUGCUUCUCGUUCACAUCCGCCGCAAGCUCGGUGUCGCAGAUAUCGGCUCCUUUGGGGACCUUGGAUUCGCCGUCUGUGGCCCACUUGGGAGGUUCGUCGUUGACAUUCUUAUAAUUUUGUCUCAGGCAGGCUUCUGUGUCGGAUAUCUCAUCUUUAUCGGCACUAGUUUAGCUAAUCUCUCCACGAACCACCAAAAUGUUAGCAUGAGCCACUUGAUGUCUGUGUCCCCUAAGAGUCUGUACAUAUGGGGAUGCUUCCCGUUUCAGCUGGGCUUGAAUUCCAUCAAGACGCUCACUCACCUGGCGCCUCUGAGCAUAUUCGCCGAUGUGGUCGAUCUGGGCGCAAUGGCGGUGGUGAUUGUGGAGGACGUGAAGAUUACAGUGGAGCAAAGGCCUGACGUGGUUGCCUUUGGGGGCAUGUCGGUUUUCUUCUAUGGGAUGGGAGUGGCGCUUUACGCCUUUGAAGGUGUGGGAAUGGUUUUGCCUCUGGAGUCGGAGAUGAAAGACAAGGACAAGUUUGGCAAAGUGUUGGCACUCAGCAUGCUAUUCAUAGCGGUCGUAUACGGAGCUUUCGGUGUGUUAGGCUACAUGGCUUUUGGGGAGGAGACCAUGGACAUCAUCACGGCCAACUUGGGGGGUGGAGUGGUGAGCAGCCUCGUCCAGCUGGGGCUCUGCAUCAACCUCUUCUUCACCUUCCCACUGAUGAUGAACCCUGUGUUUGAGAUCGUUGAGAGACGUUUCUGGAGAGGUGUCUACUGUGUGUGGCUCAGAUGGCUCCUCGUCUUAGCAGUGACGCUGGUGGCUCUCCUCGUGCCCAACUUUGCAGAUUUUUUGUCAUUGGUGGGCAGCAGCGUCUGCUGUGCCUUGGGCUUCGUCUUGCCUGCUCUGUUCCAUCUGAUGGUCUUCAAGGACGAGUUAGGUUGGAAGCAACGUGCUUUGGACGCAGGGAUGGUGUUACUGGGCCUCGUUCUUGCUGUCUCAGGUACUUGGAGUUCCCUGAGCGAGAUCUUCAACUGA